AUGUGUGAAGACAACGACCCUUCCGCCGUAUCCUCCCUCCGAUGUCUACUUAUUACAUGUACGCCCGGUUCCCGAUGGCUACUGGACACGAUUCUUACCUACCCUACUCCGCCCGUGCGUAUCGACAGGCUUGAGCAUCUCACCAUACACAUGCAAUUCUACGGCGACCUUUAUGACCGUCUAAGCCUAGAGAACCUUUCGCUUCUGAAAAGAAUUAUAGACCUCAACCGUGAUAACGACACGCUAGUCCGUGUUUCAGCUUUGUUCAUACAGACAUGCAGCGAUGGCCGCACCCCUCCCCCCUUUGAUCUUCCCCUAUCUCACUUACGUGCCCUAUCUUUGGACCUAGGACAUUUCCCUGAUAUAUUGGAAGUCAAUCCGCUUCCUAUCCUAGGCUGGUGGACGAACGCACUCAGACCAUCGCAUAACGUCCCGACCCGUCUGGAGUCUCUAACGAUCCAACUUUAUCUCGAUGACCAUGGCACCCACUGUCGUUCCUCCGCGGGUAAAGUGGUUUGGGCAAAUCUCGAUUCAGUUUUGGGGGAUGACAGUUAUCCACUCCGGAGAUUAACUAUUCUUUUAGUGGUCGGCAAAGAUUCCCCUCUUGGAGAAAUAUCAAACGCAUUGGACGUGACGGAGAAUAUCAUCAGAGAGUCCAUGCCUCGCCUUGUCCAGAAGGGGGCCCUGUAUUUCACCAAAGAUUUCGGAGACGGUGACUCUGAUGAAGAAGAUGACUGGGGCGUGGCAAUCCAACCUGAGUAUGUCCCGAAUCGACAAGACCCGGAUUGGUCCCAGAGCUUCACCAGUCAAACUGAUCUGCGCAAAUCAUUGAGCUCCUCGGUCACAAUGACCCAAGGUGAAAUGAGCGUCUUGCUGGGUGUUGCACUCCAUCUCGAACACAUCCAUAUGGUCGAAACAGACUGGAAGCAAGUUGAUGUCCUUGAUUUCACGAGAUCGCGGUGGUCAACUGGUGAGACGUUUCAAUCUCGGUUUGCCCCGCACCCUGCGUACUUUUGUAAACAAGUAAACAAUCGACAUCUGCUUCUUCAACGGAGACGACACAUGAUCUCACUCGACCCGACGGCACUUUGGUUCCAAGAACAUUAG